CGAGAAACCGACGGCGAAGAUCUUGGACGAGAUCCACCCACCCAUGUUGUGGUGAGUGAGAAGCUUUAUCAAUCUUUCCUCUUUUGAUCCUCUUUCCCACAAUUCUCACUUCUCAACAAGAACAACGCAAAAGAAGAAAAAGAGAGCUACAUCCUCCUCCUCAUUUUAAUCCAUUGAAUUUGUUUGAAGCACCAACAUUGAUUUUCGAUUUUCGAUUUUCGACCAUGGCAUCUGGAAUGAUUGAAAAACUGAACGCGGCAGUCCACCACUCGCCUGUGGGUCGUUUCUUUGACUUUGAAGGUCGCAAGACGAAUUUUACCUCGGAGUUUCGAGGAGCCGCUGCUACCUUUAUGAGCAUGGCGUACAUUUUGGCUGUGAACCCACGCAUUUUGGCUGACUCGGGAGGUCCCUGUGUUCCCAACGAAGACGACGGCGGUAUCUUUGGUGACACCUACCUGGAAUGCCAAGAAGCCAUCAAGCGCGAGUUUGUUACAUCCACGGCCAUUGCCAGUCUCUUUGGUUGUUUGUGCAUGGGAUUAUUGGCCAACUUGCCCAUCGCCUUGGCACCUGGUAUGGGAAUGAACGCAUACUUCACCUACAGCGUGGUGGGAUGGCGUGGAACUGGAAAAAUCGGAUACGAAGCUGCCGUUACCGCCGUCCUCAUUGAGGGUGUCAUCUUUUCCUUCUUGGCCCUCACUGGAGUUCGCCAUGCGAUCACCAAACUCAUCCCUGAACCUGUUCGUGUCGCUACCCCCGCCGCCAUUGGAUUCUUCUUGGCUCAUUUGGGUCUUCAGACCGCUGAGGGUAUCGGUAUCGUGGUUAGUGAUAUCGCCACUGCUGUCACUCUGGGAGCAUGCCCCGAAGACAAGCGUACACCCAUUGUGGCAUACACCGACGCCUGUAAAAAUGAGGGAAUCUGUACUAUCAGCGACGCAUACACUUGCGAUGAUCUUGGCGGUGUCAUGACUUCCCCAACUGCCUGGGUCGGAAUCUUGGGACUGAUGAUCAUGCUCAUCCUCAUGGCUUACCAAAAUCGUUCUGCCUUCAUCAUUGGAAUUGGAUUCAUCACAUUCAUCUCCUGGUUCCGUGGCACUGCUAUUACCUACUUCCCUGAUACCCCCGCUGGAAAUGAACGCUUUGAAUACUUCAAGAAAGUCGUGUCAAUUGAACCAUUGGAUAAACUCUUGGCCAACUACACUUCAGAUCUGGGAAGUGUCGGUGUUGCCUUGUUCACCUUCUUGUACGUCGACUUUUUGGAUACCUCCGGUACUUUGCUGGCUCUCGUUCAGGAUCUCGGAUACACCGACGAAGCUGGAGACUUCCCACGAAGCCGAUGGGCAUUUGCCAGUGAUGCCUUCGCAACCAUGUUUGGAAGCAUCUUUGGACUCUCUCCUGUCACUUCCUACAUUGAAUCUGGUGCUGGAGUUAAAGCUGGAGCCAGAACUGGAAUGGCUGCCUGCAUCUGUGGAUUCUUCUUCUUCUUGAGCAUCUUCUUUGCUCCCAUCAUUGCCGCCAUCCCCCCGUGGGCCACUGGAGGUGCACUCAUCAUUGUCGGGGCCAUCAUGUCCAAGUCCUUGGCCAAUGUCAAAUGGUACAACCUCUCCCACGCAACCAGUGCCUUCUUGACUGUCAUCAUCAUGCCCUUGACCUACAGUAUCGCUAACGGACUCAUCGCCGGAAUUGGCAGUUUUCUCAUCAUGGAAGGAACCUUCUUCCUGCUCAAGUUCCUUGGAAUCCCCAAACCUCAAUUUUACCCCUUUGGAGAAGAACCCAGCAACGACGCGCAAGACGAGGCUGAUGACGACAACAAGGAUCCCGAUCCCACGCUCAAGAUCCCCACUGGCGGCGACGCUGAAUCGGAAGAAAUCAACGACUCUGCAGAGAUCCAAAAGGACGAAAGUUUGCGCAUGGAGGUCUCCGCGUAGGCUCCAUCGAUUCGACUCACCGACCAAACAAGUGUGCUGAUUUUAUGUUUUGCAAUUUUUGAACCAGACCACACCAGACAAUUGUUCUUCCUAUGAACCGCACAUUUUUAUAUGAAGCCCAACGACAACAACUACUACUACUUACUGCAUUUUGAACAAGUUACUGCAGUACAACGAGUCGCAUUAAUGUCUCGACAUUGUGAAGUACUAAAGUAUCUAUUUUUUACUACUAGAAACGGACGUACCUGGUACCACAAAACCCUGCA